UUGGGAUUAGUCGGCUUGCGAUCGUUGGGUAACAAGCACCAUGGUGGGACUCCAGCGUCGGAUCUUUGGGCUCCUUGGCGUUCUCUUCCUGGUAUCUCUGGUUGUGGCCAGUGGUGGAUCAGGUGGAUUUUACACAGCUGGUGUGGCGGAGUUCCGGCCGGAGAUUAUGGGCGGCAGCUCGCAGCAGCUGUUGGAGGCGAACCUGGCUGGUUAUCUGGAACUUAUGGCCUCGGCAAAUGGCACUGCGGACAUCAUCGUCUUCCCGGAGGCCGCCCUGAACAGUGUGGUCACCUUGACGGCGGUGCCGGAGUCCACGAAGCUGAGUUUGUGCGAGGAGCGGGCUGGUGAUGAUCCCGAGAUAGCUCCUUUCCUGCGACAACUGGCCUGUGCCGCCAGAGAACACAGCACCUACCUCGUUGUCAACGUCAAGGAACGGGCUCCUGAGGAUUGUCCCUCGGAUGUUAGCUGUUCCAGUCGCGGUUAUGUCAUCCACAACACCAAUGUAGUGUUCGAUAGGCAGGGAGCUGUGAUCUCGCGCUAUAGAAAGUGGAAUCUUUACCUGGAACCGUCGACCAACCGAACUGAGGAACCGGAACUGGCCACCUUCCAAACGGACUUCAACGUGACCUUCGGUCACUUCAUCUGCUUCGACAUGCUCUUCUACACCCCGGCCCAGGAUUUGGUGGAGCAACUGGGCAUUCGCAAUGUGAUCGUCACCAAAAUGUUCAACUCGGAGCUGCCCUUUCUCACAGCCUCCCAGUUCCAGCAGGGCUGGGCCUGGUCCAACCGAGUGAAUCUCCUGGCUUCCGGAGGAUCUUUUCCGCAGGGCGGUAUAAGUGGCAGUGGCAUUUAUGCGGGCCAACACGGCGCCCUGGCUCGACUCAUGAUGACGGAGGAGACGCAGGGUCAGAGGAGGUUGCUCCUGGCCAAGGUUCCCCUCGAUCCCGAGCAGGACUUGGAUCCUUCGGAUGAGAUUUCGGACCCGGAAGAGCCGACUCCCAUCAAACUGAAGCUACUGCAGCAGCCGGAGCUGAAGAAGUUCGCCACCUGGGAGCUGCCCAUGGUCAAGGGCAGUUCCGUGGAGAAGAGGAUCUGCCAGGAGGAUCUGUGCUGUGAGUUCCGGAUCAGUUGGUCGCCGGUGGGCACAGACCCGGGCUACAGCUACCGCUUGGGGGUGUGGGUGGGCCAAAGGCGGUACGAGGAGGAGCAGUACAGUGCCAUCCGGCUGUGCGGUUUGUUCACCUGCAGCAGUUCCGACGUGGAGAGUUGUGGGAUGAUAGGCGAGAAGCAGAAGGAACUGGGACACCUGGUGGAGCAGCAAGUGCUCUUCACCGAGCUGCAGAUCCUGGGGGAGUUUGUGCGACGACCUCGACGCCUCAUUACGCCCAGCACACUCAGCGCCUCGCAUCUGUAUGCCCUGCAACCCUCUCAAUUAGCCUGGUCGACGGAGGAACUGGAUAAUCUCACCCAGAUUAAGAUGGAGCUGCGACAGCCCCACAGCCAGCUAAUGACCUUCGCCAUAUACGGCAACUACUUCGACGAGUAUGCGGAGGGCGGAGCCGCCACGGCGGAGGGCAGCGGAUUGGGCGCCCUGCUGUUUCUGCUAAUCACGCUCCUAAUGAUGAUGCAUCUCACCUGGGAGUAGGUCAAUCCAUUGCUCACUUACCUGGAUGUAGAGCAUCCAAGUGCCAAAUAUUCAGGGUGCUCUUAUCACCCACUUCCUAACUAAUCUUGUUUUGGGGUUGAACAAUACUUUUGAUCGAUCAAACAUAGGUUUAAUAAUUCAAAAGUACACUUUUUUAAAAUAAAUAUCUGUGCGAUGGAUAAUAUUCCAAAAGCACAUUGAAAAGCCGCGAA